ACUCACCAGUUCACGACAACUCAAUAUAUAAUACGUUUUUGAUCCAUACAAAAUUACGAUUCUCAAUACGAUUGUGAUCCAUACAAAAUUACAAAUCUUCAAUCUGUAUCUGGGGGGUGCUGAGAUCAGCGUCAGUUUCUUCCUGAUAUUUCUGGUGUUUGACUUGAACCAUGUCCAAUCCCAGCAGUUCUACGCCGGAAUCUCUUAUUGCUGCCGUGUUGGAGCAGCCGUAUCGGACUGGAUUUCACUUCCAGCCUCCGCAAAACUGGAUGAACGGACAAAUGUGGUACAAUGGAGUAUACCAUUUCUUUUAUCAACACAAUCCUUUUGGCCCACUCUUUGACAAGCGAAUGCAUUGGGGACAUUCUGUAUCAUACGACUUGAUAAAUUGGAUCCAUCUAGACCAUGCAUUUGCUCCAACUGAACCUUUCGACAUCAAUGGCUGCUGGUCUGGUUCCGCCACCAUCCUCCCCGGAAACAAACCUAUUAUGCUAUACACCGGACGCGACACCCAAGAGCGCCAAGUCCAGAAUUUGGCUGUCCCAAAGGACUUAUCGGAUCCCUAUCUAAAAGAAUGGGUGAAGCACGACGGCAAUCCAGUCAUAAACCUGCCGGAAGGGAUUCAACCGGCUGACUUCAGAGACCCGACCACCGCCUGGAUCGAAGAAGACGGGAAAUGGAGAUUACUUGUCGGAAGUAAGAAAGAUAGGACGGGAAUCGCUUUUCUUUACCACUCUGACGACCUUGUUAAUUGGGUUAAAUAUGAUUCCCCACUUCAUCAAGCUCCAGAAACCGGAAUAUGGGAAUGCCCUGAUUUCUUUCCGGUUUGGGUUGAUAGCACCAUGGGAGUCGAUACAUCUGUCGUAAACCCUAGUAAGGAGGUAAAGCAUGUGUUGAAGGUGUCAUUCAUAGAGCGUUUUCAUGACUACUACAUGAUCGGGAAUUACAGUCCUGAAAAAGAACACUAUGUUCCUGAAAAUGACGAUCUAACACAGAUCAGCGGUUUAAGGCUUGAUUACGGAAGGUUCUAUGCUUCCAAGUCGUUUUUCGAUCCUGUGAAAGUCCGAAGGAUAACUAUGGCCUGGGUGCACGAGACUGAUUCUAAAGCCGAUUUUAUCGCCAGAGGAUGGGCCGGAGUUCAAUCAUUCCCAAGGAGUAUUUGGCUCGACAAAAACCAGAAGCAGCUCCUACAAUGGCCAAUUGAGGAAAUUGAGACGUUAUACGGAAACCAAGUUAGUUUUAAAAAUAAGAAGCUUGAAGGUGGUUCAUUACAUGAAAUUCAGGGUAUCACUGCUUCUCAGGCUGAUGUGAAGAUUUCGUUCAAAUUGGAGAAUUUGGAGGAGGCCGAAGAAUUGGACCCGAGUUGGGUUGACCCACAAAUUAUCUGCACCAAAAAUGAUGCAUCAAAGAAAGGCGAAUUCGGACCGUUUGGGCUUUUAGCUUUGGCUUCAAACGACUUGACCGAACAAACUGCAAUUUAUUUUAGGAUUUUCCAAAAGAACGGACGAUACGUGGUGGUAAUGUGUAGUGAUCAAAGCCGGUCAUCUAAAAAGGAAGGAAGUGAUAAAACUUUUUAUGGAGCAUUUCUGGACAUAGAUCCACAACAAGAUGAAAUUUCACUCAGAACCUUGAUAGAUCACUCAAUCGUUGAGAGUUUUGGGGGAGGAGGAAAGAGUUGUAUAACAGCUAAGGUUUACCCAACUUUAGCCAUUGGGAAAGACGCCAAACUCUUCGCUUUCAACUACGGAACAAAGAGUGUCGUGAUCUCUGAGAUGAAUGCGUGGAGUGUGAAGACAGCUCAAAUGAGCAUUGAAGAAUCCAAUGUUUAAAACAUUGGGGGUGAUCCGUCCACUUGAAUAAUGAAUUUGUGCAGAGAUCAGGUCAAUUAAAAGUAGAUUUUUUUAAUUAUGAUUCAAACUAAACCAACAAGUUUUACACUAAACCAUGGUUAAAAAAAACUUUUCAGGAAUAAGCUCACAAAGCAUUGAGGUGUCAAUAUUGUGAUUUGGUUUGAUCAUGAUAUGUUUAGAUUCAAUGUAAACUUAUGCCGAUUGUUGUUUGACUUUUGAACUACAUUUCUUUUUAGUAUUGUAAUUUAUGUGUUUUUACUAUUAUUUGGAUUGAUCUUGAACUUUUGAACAUCAAAA